CAUAUCCACAGUCGGAGUGCCCUGGAGUGUGCCUACCGCACCCACCUGAUCGCAGGCAUCGGCUUCUACCAGCACCUGCUCCUCUAUGUCCAGUCACACUACCAGCUCGAGUUGCACAGUUCCAUCGACUGGACCCACGUCACCGACCCUCUGAUAGGCCACAAGAAACUGGUCACCGCUUCGGCCAAGGAGAUGGAAUGGGCACAGAUGGCUUGCCACCGUUGCCUGAUGUACCUGGGGGACCUCGCGCGAUACCAGAACGAGCUGGCCGGGGUUGACACCGAGCAGCUGGCUGAGAGGUUCUACUACCAGUCGCUGUCGGUCGCGCCGCAAGUGGGCAUGCCUUUUAACCAGCUCGGGACGCUGGCCGGGAGCAAACAUUACAAUGUCGAGGCCACUUACUACUACCUCAGAUGCAUCCACUCCGAGGUGCCCUUUGAAGGUGCCUACGGCAACCUGAAACGCCUUUUCGACAAAGCCGCCAAGGCCUACCACCAGAUCCGACGCACCGAUGUCAAGAAGCUCUCUGUCAACAGGCAAAGGUCGAGAGAUAUCAAGCGUCUGCUGGUGAGUUUCAUGUACCUCCAGAGUCUCCUGCAGCCCAGGAACAGCGCCAUCAACGUGGAGGUGACAUCCAUUUGCCAGAUGGUGCUGGAGGACUUUAACCUCUGCCUCUUCUACCUGCCGACCAACCUCAACCAGAGCACCUCGAGUGAGGACGAGGAGGAGUUAGACUGGGGCUACACGUUCCUGCCCGACCUGCUGAUCUUCCGGAUGAUGGUCAUCUGCCUGAUCAGUGUGCACAGUCUGAAGAAGACAGGUGUGAAGCAGUACAGCGCAGCCAUCGCCUUCACCCUCGCCCUCUUCUCCCACCUGGUCAACCACGUGAAUAUCCGACUGCAGGCAGAGCUCGAGGACGGAGAGAACGCUGUCCCUUCCCUACAGACCGAGAAUCCAGACGAAGUCGAGGCGAAGGAGGUCGCGCCACGGGAGAUGGAGCCGGCUCCAGAACCGGUUGGCGAGGUGCAGAACGGGGCGCCGCCUGUCGCCCCGGGCAAGGCCAAGGGCAAGAAGUAUUCCCGGCUGUCGCAGCUCCGGAGGAGACGGCACGCCCGGCAGAAGGCCGACGAGAGCGACCUGAGCGAGGGCUUCGACUCGGACCCCAGCGACGAGUCGGCCAAGGAGAGCGAGCGCUCCGACAGCGGCACCGACAAGAGCGAAGGGGACGAGGAGGAGGAGGAAGAGGAAGACGAAGACGAGGAGGAGGAAGCCGAAGCGGCCUUCGACUUGGAGUCGGACUCGGACAUGAACAGCCAGGAGUCGCGCUCUGACCUGGAGGACAGGGAAGAGUCGGCUGGUGGACGCAGGUCCGAGAGCGCCCCGGGCUCCUGGAGUCAGCCCCGGGGCCCCGAUGCCGCCGACCCGGCUCCCGCCAAUGGGCCGGCCAGCGACAGCGACUCGGCCAUCGCCAGCAACCUCCAGGCCCUCUCCUCGCAGAUGUUCCAGCCCAAGAGGUGCUUUCGCCUGGCGCCCACCUUCAGCAACGUGGUGUCCAGGCCGCCGCUAACCACUGGCGACGGGGCGCCCGUGUCCUCGACUCCCGAGAAACCCUGUGCCAAUGGCGUGCUCCAGGCUCCAGGCGCUCCCGAUCACGGUAAGACUGCAGCACCUGCGGCCUCUCUGCAGGGUGCUCUCUAUUCUCUGCUCGCCCUCCAUAUUCUAACCCUCCUCACCCCCUCGCUACUUGUUCUCCUACCCUCCCGUUCUCUCCCCACUCCA